CUGCAUUAAAAGCCUAUAGUCGAACGAACAAGCCGCAUGCUGUGUACCUUCUGGCAGUCAAAGGAAUAAGAAAGUAGUUUCUGUUGUAGAGCUGCGCAAGAAUUAGAAUGAACAAACCUAAAAUUGUGAGACCAGAGGAGAGCCAGCCAGCACGUGCGGUGUGGUUUGACAGAAAGAAAUAUGUCACCAUCAACUUCAUGGUUCAGAGACCUAAAAAUGUCCAGGUUGAUAUCCAGCCAGACAAAAUGAUUUUAUGCUGCAGAAAUGACACAGAUGAUAUUUUCUACAACGAGUUCAACUUCUUCGACAAAGUUGAAAUCAAUGACUCCAGAGAAAGAGUCUAUGACCGCACCAUCAACAUCUUACUGAGGAAGCUGAAGCCGGAUGUUGCAUGGCCUUACCUCCAGAAGGAUUCAGCAAAGCCCAACUGGAUUGCUGUAGACUUUGAUAACUGGAGGGACUGGGCGAAUGAAGAAAACGAUGGGAAGGAAGAAUUUGAUAGAUACAUGGAUAUGAUGCAAGAAAUGUCCUCCAGUAAUAAAGGCGAAGCACCAGACAUGGGGGAUCUUAGUGAUUCUGACUGAGACUCACAGAAGUCUCCUGUGGUGGAGGCCACGUUAUCUUUACAUGAUACUGAAGAACAUGUUGCAUGAAGCGUGUAAUAUUAUAUUUGCAUUUGAUUUGAUAUGUUAUUGUCCAAAAUGCUGUUCUUAUAUAUAUUUGAUAUUUUCUAUGGGAUUAUUUAUUGGCGUAUUGUUGUCCAGUGUGCGCUGAAAUAUCAUUGUCAAUUUUAAUAAAAAGAAGUGUAUCAAC